AUGUCACAGAACAGCCAAGCUUACACGAUCGGUCUUGCAGUCGCUGAGAAAUAUCGUGUCGAUUCCGGAACCUUAGGCACCUAUAUGUCAAACGAGGGAGAAGUGACUCUGAGUAGAGACAACGGUGGCCCUCUUGCUUGGGAAUUUUACGGUCCAAGUGGAACAGCGAGCGGCACCUUCCCCGAAGCUCAUGGUGACAAGUCUGAAAAUAAGAAGAAAAGGGAAGUUCAAGAUCAAGAUGAGGGGGCCGAUUCUAGGACGGACACUAGCUCCCGUGUGAUCCUGGGGACCCGAAGAAAGUCCUUGAGGGUAGACAGUAUCGAGAGCGGUCAUAUGGACUUGAGUUGA